GGGCGUGUUUACCGGGAUGAGAGAUGCAGAUUUCAGUUCUGAGCAUAAUAUUCUCGGUUCAGUUGUUCUGAGAUAAUUUUAAAGCACUUUGACAAAAAAGGAGAUAUUUCAUUUAUUUAGUGUUUCGGAAUCACUCUACAAAUUCUCUGCGAACCCAAGACAUUCGACUUCUCUCAGAACUAUGAGUGAGAACAGUUCAUCUAAUCCUCCCAACAGCACCCAGGGGCCCGCCACAGACAAAAAAGCCCCCCAGGAGAAACCGGUGGACAAAGCAGGGAAGAACCCUACACAAGAACCUGAAGAAGAGAUCGACAUUGAUCUGGAUGCGCCAGAGACAGAAAAGGCAGCUUUGGCAAUACAGAAUCAGUUCAGACGCUUCCAGAAAAAAAAGAAGUAGAAAAGGGAAGAAUGAAUGAAAGAAUCAGUGCAGAGGAUAAAAACACCUUCCACAAUAUUCAAAAUGGAAAGAGAUUUAAUAAGGAAUAGAUAGGGAAAAGGGAAAAGUCAAGUGUGGGUGGGAAAUUAGGGGUUUGGAAAACAAAUGAUAGCCCAGUAGCAUCAGCAUGCUGGGUUGAUUAGAGUUUAAGACAUAAGAACAGGGGAGGAUUCUCACUUGAGGUUUUGUUCUUGUUGUAUUUGUCUAGAUUUGUCUUCAUCCUUUCUCUCCUCUCCUGUAGACAUAAAUAUAGGUAGGAGCAUCAGUUACUGACGUGCAACAUUAUCUAUUAUUUAAUAUAUUCAGUAUACAAUGAUGUAACAGAACAACAGAACAAAUCAAACGCUGUAUGAGUUAAUAUUAUUUGAAGGAUCUAAACAUUAAUUAACGGUUGGGUUUUUAAACUAAUGUUAACAAAGAUUAAUAAAUACAGUAACAAAGGAACUGCUCACUGUUAAUGUAAUUUAAUGCAUUAUUGUAAACCUAAUUGUAAGGUAUUACCGGAAUUUCUAUAUAUCAACAGCAGACCAUAAGAUUAGUUGAUUAAAAAAAAGCUAUAUUAACCUGGCAUAACCUAACAGAAGGAUUAGCAAUAGCCAUAUCUUGCAUAUUUCUGCAAUGUGGACAAGGAUUUAAUCAAGACACCGUAUAAAAUUAUGUAGUUUGAUAUUGUCAAUUGUAUCCCUAUAUUAAACUAGGCAAAUAACCUUGAAAUACAAGUGAAACAGGCACAGUUUAACAUUUUUGUUCAGUUUACUGUAUUUUACCGGCUGGUUGAAUUUAGCACAAGGUCAAGAACCUUUUUAAAGCUCGUCAAACUCACUAAAAUUAGCUAAAUGCCUUUUGCUUUAAAUCCAGAAUUUACCGACAUGCAACAAGACCCUUGAAUUAUUGGGAACUGGUGAUUCAAAUGGAGAUGAUUAUCAAGGAAAGUGUUACAUUUUGAUCUAUUUUAAGUGUCUUUCUCGUUCUCCUUCCCCUAUAAUUAAAACAGUCUCUACAGAUAUCUCAGAAUAGCUGAUAUUAAUGAGAGCAGUCUAUAGACGCUCAAGAUGAUCUCACAGUUAAUGGGACAAAUGAUGUCUGUAAUUGCAUUGAGACAGGCCUGAUGAAAAUGUCAUUUGUCUUUUAUUGUUCUCAAAUAGUCACUGACAAUGCAAUAACUGAAUACAUCUGUUAUGAUUCUGUACGUAUUAUAUGAAGUGUGACACAUUUUAUUGUUGAACAGUUAGAACAGACAAAAUCUGUCCUGUAUUGCCCUGUACUUCUUUUCCUGUGUGUGUGUGCUUAUGUCUACUUCAGUGCUCUAACCCAUACUUAUUUCUUUUUUCUCUGUGUGACUCAAAUAUAUGCUUCAGUAAAAAGAACUGUAUGUCCUGAGCUGCAUUGUAUGUCCUAGGUCGAUGAGUCAGUGGUCAUAUAAAGUAAAAAGCAUUAUAUAACAUUCGUUUUUUUUCCAUCAAACAUAUUUAAUGGAUAUUGGAAAUGCAUAUUGCAAGUAAAUAUUGCUUGUAGGUUGCAAACUAAAAUACUGUGUUUAAGAAGAACAUUAAUGCAGAAAAAGCAUUAAGCACAAAGUGAGGGGGUAUUUUUUAUAGCUUUAUUUCUAGUUCUUUGCUGUCCCCGAAAUGAAGCACAUUCAUGAUUUGCUUAAUUUAAUCAUUUAAUGAAUGCAAGUUUACUCAUGUUUGGUUCUGAUGUGUAGGACAGUGCAAAUAUUUAGCUCUCAAAUGUCAUAUGAAAUCGUGUGUGAAGGGAUAAUGCCAUCAUACUACAAUAGUAAACAAAUAAAUAACACCAUAUAAACUGUGAAUACCCUAAAUACCAAACACGUAUAAACAUACUCUUCAACAGCAGAGGGCACCUUCUCCACUUCUUUCAGACUUAGUCCUAAAUGUACACACAAGAAGAGAAACAUGAGGCCCCAUGGUCCAUGAGACACUGUAAGGCAGAGAAGCAUCCUCAGUCACACCUCUACCUGUGACUUAUUGCUCUGCUGCAGGUGGAUUUUAUCAGAGGCCCUUGGACUUAAAUGUUAUCAAAAAAAAAAAAAGCUCAGUGCUGUUUUUGGAUGCACUAAAUGGAAGGAAAUUGUCGAUAGUAGAUAAAUGCUAAUCUCAAUUUCGGAGUAUGCAGAAUAAACUUGAGGAAACAUCUCAACUUAACGACUUGACUGCCUUUCGGAAAAUCUUCAACAUGUUGGCCAAUAAAGACUCAUUUUAGAUUGAAUAAAUUGGUGUUUUAAAAGACAAGUGCUAAAAAAUGAGACAAGACAAGGGCUUUACUAAAAAAAUACAAAAACUCAUUUUGCAUAAAAAAAAGAGGGAAAAUUACUACAUAAAGCAUUCUGGCAAUAAAUGUUAAAUCAAACAAACUACCUACUAAUUGACUGACAGAAAACAGAAAAUGUAUAUUA